AUGAAGUUGCAUUUAGGAAAAAGUAGAAAAUGUUUAGAUAAUGAUCAAAACGUGCCAAGCUACAAAAUUGCUUUGUUCGGUGAUGAAAAAGUUGGAAAAUCAAGUAUUCUCAGGAGGCUUCAAAAAAAAUCAUUUUCUUAUGAGUACGAACCAACUAUUAGCGAAGUUUACGAUAUAAGUUUUAAAUCUAGUGAUGGUUUGGCUAGAAUAAUUACUUUUUUUGAUACCUCUGGUUCAAUAGAGUGCCCGCCGAUGGCAAGACUUACAAUGACAAAAUGCGAGGCUAACAUUGUUGUUUAUUCUGUAACUUCCAAAAAAUCUCUCGAAGUUGCAAACAGAAAAUUAAACGAGAUAUCAAAAACCAAAGGGCCAGGAAGUGUGUGCUUACUUGUCGGUAAUAAGUGUGAUGUUGCUGCAAAUGCAAGAGAGGUUUCUUUUGAAUGUGGACUAAAAUAUGCUGUAAACAAUAAGUGUGCUUAUCUCGAAGUUUCAGCCUUAAAAAACAUAAAUAUACUUAAUGCUAUCGAUAUAGUUGUAAAAAAACUUGUGGAUUUAAAUAGAACUAAAAAAAAGGUGUUGUCGCGAUCAAAAAGCGAUUAUAAUAAAACAAACGAUAAAGGUUUAUUUACCUAUAGAAGGCGUUCGGUAAGUUUAACUCAACUUAAUAUAACGAAACAAUCUGAGGAUUUUCAACUUUAA